GACGUUACGGUGGAACAAUGUCUGAAGAAAAGAGAGAAACUGGCACCCGUCUCUCUCCUAUGAAAAUGAGAGUAUAUAAAGUCUGACUCUUAUCGCGCCGCGUUUAGUUGGAAACUCAUCGUUGGUGUGUUGAGUGCCCUCUCGACCAUGAAAGGGGUAUUGUUGGCCUUCUUUGUGUGCUGUGCGGCUGUGGCAGUCGUCUACGGCACGGAGCCUGACAUCCGCAGGAUUUCCAUCUUGGAAAUCUUGCAAAACAACCCAGCCCUUCGGGAAGAGCUGUCGGCCAAGAUAAAAGCUAAACAGGACACUCCUGACGAAACCUCCACAGCCCCAGCAGGUAGUGCUGCUCCUGCUGCUGGUACUGCUAAAUCCGCCGCUGCUGCUUCAACCACCACCCCGGCCCCCCAGGCUGACUCCCCCCCCGAGGUCCCCGCAGAGACAACAACGCCCGCUGCCGAGGAGAAGACCAACGGACGUCCAAUCAGAAGGCGCCGCCCCGUCGUGGCCGAAUCUGAAAAGUUCUCAGACGCCGAAUCUGGCCACCGCCUCAGGGUCGUCCCUAACGGCAACGCCGAAGACAAAAGGCAAAAUGGGCGUAGAUUCCCAGGCACUAGUUAAAGAAGAGGACGAAGAAUAAUGAAGACCAUUGCCAAGAUUCAAAACACAAAUGUAAUAUCAAAACACGAGAGCUGAGAUUCCGCUUUUGAGGAUUUAUGUUUAAAAAGGACGACUCUGAAAAUUAUGUCUCCUGUGUAGACCCUUUCGGGAGGAACCUUUUUUACCAUUUGUCUCUAAAGUACGACGAUUCUUUUGUGAAAUGUUUGGCUCCCUCACACAUUUGCUAAAAGGAUUCUUACUAAAAGUGUGUGAGAGAAUAAAGCGAGAUUCCCUCUCUCCGAUGUCAACCAUGGUCUAACAAAUGUAUACUUCCAGACUGAAGUUUAGUUUACGCUGUUAUUUAAUUUCAUGAAAUUUUGUUUUCUUUUCUCUCUAUUUCUUAGUAAACGUUGAAAAUUUUUAUAGAAUGGUUGUUAGGAUUUGUGAGUAAUGCAAAACAAAACAUGUACUAUUUCUAUUAGAGCAAGACGUUUAAGGAGAUAUUGUCUCAUAGCUUUGUUUUAAACUCCACUUUUUUUCUUACACGGAAAUGUAACAAACAUUUUGUAAAUAAAAAUAUGAA